CUUUUCCUCGCGUUCUACGAGACCCGCAGCUUCCUCUGUUCCUCCUCCCCACCCCGAUCUCCUCCUAGGUUUCGCUCUCCACCACCGCGGAACGAACCAAGGAACCGGAAAUGGCGGCGCGGCACCUCAGAUCCGGCCUCCCGCUCCUCCAAGCCCACCUCGCGGCCACCGAGUCCGCGGUCGUCUCUCAGGCAUCAAGGGGAUUAUCAUCGCAGGCGGCUAAGCCUGCCGGGAAAAAGAUCAAGGUUCCAGAAGCUCUAUAUGGUGGCACAGGCAACUAUGCCAGUGCACUGUUCCUUUCAGCAGCCAAAGCAAAUUCGUUGGACAAAGUUGAGUCUGAGAUUCGAGAUGUUGUGGGUGCAUCCAGGAAGAGCCCUAUGUUUUCUCAAUUCAUGAAGGACCCAUCAGUGCCAAAGGAAACUAGGGUGAAGGCCAUAACUGAAAUAUUCUCUGAAGCUGGGUUUUCUGACAUCACAAAGAAUUUCUUGGCUGUGCUGGCAUCCAAUGGAAGACUGAAAUAUGUUGAGCGCAUUGCGGAGAGAUUUGUUGAUUUGACCAUGGCACACAAGGGGGAGGUGAAAGUUGUUGUCAGGACUGUUAUUCCACUUCCUGAGAAGGAGGAGAAAGAACUUAAGGAGACCUUGCAAGAUAUCCUUGGGAAAGACAAAACUAUCUUGGUUGAACAGAAGAUUGACUACAGCAUCAUGGGAGGACUGGUGAUUGAAUUUGGGCAGAAGGUGUUUGAUAUGUCGAUCAAGACCAGGGCGAAGCAAAUGGAGUCGUUCUUGAGGCAACCCGUUGAUAUCUAAUUUCUUAUCUGUUCAAGAGCAACACCAGAUUGCAGUGGCUGUGCUGCUGAAGGUUCCCUCAUGUCUACUUCUUUGAUGUGGUCCUGAAAUAAAAGCUUUCCUUUACAAGAGAACGCCACUCUGUUUUAUUUUGUCUUGUGGGCUAGAAGCCCCGCUAAACAAUCUGAAUUUCCUCGCUACCAAACAAACAUGGAUAAAAAACAUGAAGGAAAGUCAUGGAAAGUUUUUAAUUCUAAGUGUUUGUAAUUUUAUCUUCAAGUGCUCUCUUUUAUUCGUAUUCAGUGGUAUAUGAAAUAUGAUUUGAUGACAAUAGAA